UGCCCGCCUCCCACAUCCUAGCCCCCGAGGCCGGAACUUCCCGGAUCCUGUGCCGUGUUUGGGUUUCGGUCCAUCUUGAUGACUUCUCACGCCCGGGCUGUAAAGUGGUUAUAGUCCCGAGCUGGGUGUUUCCGGUCUUGCUGAAGGGGAGAGGUCCCCGGGGGCCACUGUGGACAGCUCCUGAGCGGCACACACCGACUUGGUACAAAGCGGUUUUCACAUGCGGCCUUAAUUUCUUCUGCUCAGCUGCAGUGUCUGAUACUUUUUUACAGUAAGAUGGAUCACCAGAAUAUUGCACUGUUGCGAGCCGAGCUGGAUCGUUUGUCUGCUGAACUUCAAGAAACCACAGAGGAGAAAUUCCAGGCUGCCCAAUACGGGCUGGUCGUACUGGAGGAGAAUUCUGAACUAAAGCACAAGUGUUCUGACCUAGAAUCCGAAUGUGAUGUCCUGAGGUUGGAACUGAAGCAGAUGAAAGAGGCACUGGCUGAAUCUCAGAGCAAUCACAAACGAACUGCAGCAGAUGGAGAAAAUCGGGAAGAAAGCUUGCUUAAAGAGACCGCUUCAAAGGAAGCCAAACUAAUGGAAAAGAUUGACGAGCUCCAGGGUGAACUGAAGCAGAUUAAAUCUUUUCUCACAAACACUUCUUCAGAAAAUGAGCGUCUCAACUCAUGUGUUCAAACCCUCAACAAGGAGUUUCAAGCUAUUGACAAGGAGAAGACGCAGUUACGGGAUGAAAUAAAGCAGUGCAAAGCUAGAGAAAUGAGACACCUACAAGACUUUUCUGAACUUGAAGAGGAAAACAUCUCCCUCUUGAAACAAGUGUCCGUCUUAAAGGAAAACCAGGUUGAAUUUGAAGGAUUAAAGCACGAGUUCAAAAGAAGGGAAGAGGAGAUUGAUAUACUGAAUGGGCAGAUAGAAGAGUUGGUACGGCUAAAGGACAUAUCUGAACGUCACCUGGAAGAAGCCCUGGAGACACUGAAAAGUGAGAGGGAGCAAAAAAACGAACUGAGACGGGAGUUGUCUGGUUUCCUCCAGUACGAUUCUAUAGGAAACUUGCAGGUUAACUUUGAGGAUGAGUUUGACAGUGGAUACAAUGGCGGUGGCCUGAACAAGUCAAAUGGUGAAAUCUUGAUGUCCACACCUCGCAGUAGUGACAUCUUCCACCCCGGUCCUAAAUUGGCAUCGGACCUCUUCACCGAGCUUAGUAUCACGGAAAUUCAGAAGCUUAAGCAGCAGCUCCUGCAGGUUGAUCGAGAGAAGGAAUCAUUGGAGGAAAACCUGCAGGAGCUUCAGAAAAACUUGGAUUCUGUCAGUGAAGCUCUGGGCAAAGAACGGCAACAAAACGUCGACUUGGCUGACCAAAUUAAUGUCUUAAAAAUGACACGUGACUUUAGCCAUGCAGACCUGGAUAAUAGAGAUGAUCUUUUGCAAUGCACUUGUGGCCAUCGGGGUAUGGAAAUGUCUGGACUCAGGAAGGAGUUGAAAGACCUCAAACAACAAUAUGAAAUUUUGGAAGAAAGGUACCGGCAAGAGCGGGCACAAUGGGAGUCAACCAAAAAUGAAGUAGCUGAAAAACUCAAUCUGUACAUGAGAUCUGAACAAAAUGAUAAAGGACGCUUAUCUGAAGUUCAGGAAGAAUUAAGGGCCUCACAGAGGCUAUGUUGUGACUUUCAGAGCAAGCUUACCCUGACCCAAGACGAGCUAAUGUCUUUCACAGAAGAUAUAGCUCUUCUUUAUAACCAUGUCUGCAUGCGGAAUAAUUUGACCCCUAACCGAGUGAUGCUUGAUUAUUACAAAGAUGGGAAAGGCUCUAGACUGCAUUUUCGCAAAAGAAAGUCUUCUGAGUUUUUUGGCAAGCUUUUAGUUAAUCAAGACCUUGAUAUGACAGACUUACAAAGUGGCGAGCCCUCCCCUCUGAGUAGUCCUGGCUCUUCUGUUGGGUCAGAUUUUGGUGACUCUGCCAGAGAACCGUUAAACAUAACACACCUUCUUGCUAUUGUUAAAGACCAGUUAAAGCAUCUGCAGGGUGUGAUUGCAUUGUCUUGGCACCACACAUCAAUAGACACCAUAGCUUCUGAAAUGGAUAAAGACAAAGAAGUUUUGGUUGAAGAAAUCAUGAAAUUGAAAUCUUUGCUAAGCACUAAACGGGAACAAAUAGCCACUCUGAGGACUGUCUUGAAGGCUAACAAGCAGACAGCUGAAGUAGCAAUGUCAAACCUGAAGAGCAAAUACGAAAAUGAGAAGGCUUUGGUUUCAGAAACUAUGCUGAAGUUGAGACACGAGUUGAAAGCGUUGAAGGAGGACGCUGCCACAUUUUCUUCCUUGCGGUCUGUGUUUGCAAACAGAUGCGAUCAGUAUGUGACCCAGCUGGAAGACAUGCAACGACAACUUGUUGCUGCCGAGGACGAGAAGAAAACAUUAAAUACCUUGCUCCGGAUGGCUAUCCAGCAAAAACUGGCACUCACGCAGCGCUUAGAGUGUCAGGGAGGAGCACACGAUGCCUCAAAUGUUAGUCCGUCAAGAUCCUCAAAGGGGAAAACGCGAACUUCGAAAUCAAAACUGAAUUGAGUAAUGUGUUGCUGAAUACAUUCCUUCCACUACUAUCCUGCCAAUCAUCAUUCCCCUACACACGGUAUAAUGUACCAAGAACAUUCCUGCAAAGAUCUCUGCAAAUAGAAGGCCUGAACACGACGAUUGAUCUACACCAGCUUCUUCCACAACUAAUCAAAUUAUCUCUUUAAAUAUAUUGUAUUU